AUGGGGGAGGCGGAGGGCGGCUCAGCCGCUGUGGAGAAGCCGCCGCUGCCCGCGGCCGGCCCGGGGGCCGCCGCCGCCGUCGCUGCCGCCGCUGCCGCCGUCGCGGCCGCCGCCGCCGCGGCUGCCGCAGCCCCGGAGCCCGGCGUGCCGCCGGCGGCCGCGGCGGCAGAGGAGGCGGUGGUGGUGUGGAGCCCCGAAGUGGAGGUUUGCCUCUUCCACGCCAUGCUGGGCCACAAGCCCGUAGGUGUGAAUCGCCAUUUCCACAUGAUUUGUAUCCGAGAUAAGUUCAGUCAGAAUAUCGGACGGCAGAUUUCUUCCAAAGUGAUUUGGGACCAUCUGAGCACCAUGUAUGACAUGCAGGCUCUUCAUGAAUCAGAGAUUCUUCCAUUCCCUAAUAUAGAAAAGAAUUUUGUUCUUCCUGAUGAACUGAUUCAAGAAGUGAGAGAAGGAAAAGUAAUGAUUGAAGAAGAAGUGAAAGAGGAAAUCAAAGAAGAAAUGGAAACACAUGCAGGUCCAGAAGAAGUUUUUGCACCCUCUGGAAGUUUAGGAAAAACGACUGAAAAGCCAAGCAGCAAAGAGAAAGAGAAAACUUCAUCAGAUUCUGGGUCCAAAGAAGGAUCUGAUAAAAGGAAGCGCAACAGAGUCACUGAAAAGGUCUUAAAUGCAAACAGUAAUCCUUCUAGUCCAAGUGCUGCAAAACGACGCAGAACAUAAAGCUGUGAAAAGCAGAAGAAAUUAACGAUGGAACAUUUAAAAACAAAUAGCAGGAUAGUCAUUAUGUCAACUUUUUCAGAAAGGAGAAGAUAUCUGAGCCAGGUACUCGAAGAAUCUGCACAUUGGCUUUAUGCAUACAAGACUUUGCCUGUCUUUCCUGAUUUGUUUGCUGGUUGGCACCAAGUAGCCGAGCGAUGGCUACCUUCUCAGGGCGUUCAGGAAGGAAGCUGGCAGCAUUUAGUGGUUUGUGUGUUUGUAACAGUUGCUGUGUUUGCAUUUCCAACCAGAAGCACACACUGUGUCGGCGUAGUUCAUGAAACAAGUGUUCGUCAUAACACAGAGCCUCAAUUCAUGAGAAGUAUAGGUUAUUUCUGUAACUUUUGAAUUGCUUGGUUUUUGCUUUUUUUAUUGUUGUGAAUAUCACAGGCCCUCUACGGGCAACGUUGUUUGGCCAUUUUAAUUUAUGCAAACAUAGCGUUUGUAUCAAAUGUCUGAAUUUGUUGUUUCAGUAAAACUAAAAUACUUUUAAAUACAGCUAACUACUGUGUUGAAGUAUUCUUUCACACUGUUUGCUGGAGAAAUGUCAACUUUUACCUUUAGCGAUGUAACUAUUUUCCAUUUUUACGAUUUUAUACACUGUAAGUAAAGAGAAAAUGAUAAUGCCUGUAGAGAGAAUAAUUAAGAAGUGUCCUAAAUAAAGCAUCUGGCGGCAUCA